AUUGGAUUAAUAAUUAUUCAAGUCCUGUUUGUGUCUCAUACUUUGAAUGAAUAGCUUUAUUGCACAGUGUACAUCGUUCACUUUCUCCCAGCGCUCUCGUCCCUCGGGUGCUGUGACCACAAUUCUGGGGGUUAAAACGCAAUUGACCCAAACAACAAACAUAACAUACAAUUUCUUAAAAAUAAUUACAUUUCAUGUGUCAGUGUAUUUGUUGUUUGAAUUUUCAAACACUUUGGAUGAUUGCACCACCAGUGUGACUUCAUCUAGAUAACCAGCCAACAUAUCUAUUAGUAUUGAUUGAUUGAUUGAUUGAUUGAUUGAUUUUUGAAUCUGGUGCAUUAUUUUUUGUGUCCAGUAGGCUUAACAUUUUAUUGUGGUCUUCAUUACCAUGGCAGUUGCUUAGGUAACUAUCUGCUUCCGUCUUUGACUAUGCUGUUAGUCACCCAAUCACCCCACCUUGAGAGCCUGGAACUCAACAAGUAUCAUCAUGUGAAUCUGCAUUCAUACCUUUCUCUUCUGUGCUUCCACAGUGCAGGAGGAUAUUCUGGGUCCUCUUCUAGACAGGGACAGAAGGAGCUGUAAGGAUGCUCUGAAGAGCAGUGUGCUGGAACCCGGCUCCUGUGACAGCGAGGGAGGGCAGCGGUGGCGAUGUUGCCCGGAGUGGGCGUGUUCGGGACAGGCAGCACGGCCCGGGUCCUGGUGCCCCUGCUGCGGGCCGAGGGCUUCUCGGUGGAGGCGGUGUGGGGUCGCACGGAGGAGGAGGCCAGGCAGCUGGCGGAGGAGCUUGGUAUCUCCUUCUACACCAGCCGGACGGACGAUGUGCUGCUGCACCAGGACGUGGAGCUGGUCUGCAUCAACAUCCCACCCUCCCUCACCAGGCAGAUCGCUGUCAAAGCUCUGGGGAUCGGUAAGAAUGUGAUCUGCGAGAAGGCAGCUACGUCAGUCGACGCCUUUAAGAUGGUGACGGCCGCCCGCUACUACCCCAAGCUGAUGAGCCUGAUGGGAAACGUGCUGCGAUUCCUGCCUGCCUUCGUGCGCAUGAAGCAGCUGAUUGACGAGGGCUACGUGGGGGAGGUGAUGGUCUGCGAUGUGCGGGUGUACUGGGGCAGCCUGCUGAGCAACACCUACAACUGGAUCUGCGAUGAGCUGAUGGGCGGGGGGGGCCUGCACACCAUGGGCAGCUACAUCGUGGACCUGCUGAGCCACCUGACCGGGCAGCGGGCCCAGAAGGUCCACGGCCUCUUGAAGACCUUUGUGAAGCAGAACGGGGCCAUCAGUGGGAUCCGCCACGUCACCAGCGACGACUUCUGCUUCUUUCAGAUGCUGAUGAGCGGUGGGGUCUGCAGCACUGUCACCUUGAACUUCAACAUGCCCGGCGCGUUCGUGCACGAGGUCAUGGUGGUGGGGUCGGCCGGCAGGCUGGUGGCUCGGGGCACGGACUUGUACGGCCAGAAGAACACCUCCUUCCAGGAGGAGCUGCUUCUGGCCGAUACCUCGCGCCUCGGCACGGCUGUGGAGAAAGGGCUCAGGGAGGUCCCCUUGCCCUACCUGAAGGGCAUGGUGUGCAUGGUGCAGGCUCUCAGGCAGUCCUUCGAGGAGCAGGAGGACAGGAGGACCUGGGAACACAAGCCGGUCUCCAUGGCAGCGUCCUUCGAGGACGGCCUCUACAUGCAGAGCGUGGUGGACGCCAUCAAGCAGUCCAGCAGGUCUGGAGAGUGGGAGGUGGUGGAGAUCAUGACAGAGGAGCCCGACGCCAACCAGAAUCUGUGCGAGGCCCUUCAGAGGAACAACCUAUAGGAUCUGCAGCUCCCAUGUGCAAGUAGACCCUGUGCUAGAACAGCUGUUGAACCAUGAAAAGCUCUCAAUGUUUGCAAUCUUUGGAGAUUUUUGUAUGUAAUUUGACUAGUUUCACUAUCUCGAGUCACCAGCUAAAUUCACCUCAGUUUGAGGGGUGCGACAGGGACACUGCAAUUCAGUCUUUUGCACGUUUGCAUCCCCAGGCACCAACUCAAGGCCUCUCUCAAGAGUCUCAAUUCACCUAAAUAAUCCGUUCAUGGUUUGGGUGUUCUCAGGUCAGCAAGACUAUACACAGCCUUUAAAAGGUUAAUAAUGGCACAUUAUCUAGGUCAUAUAAUGCUGUUCUACUUCAUGAAUUUGAGUUGAUAUGUUUUUUUCCCAUAUAUCGGUUUGUUUUCAAAUCUAAAUGAAAGCUCUGUUAGCCUGAAUAAUCUGUGCAGUCCAGCACGGUAUGUUUACUUUACAAACAUGUAUCGCCUUGGCCUUUUUGGUGUUCAGGUCACUUGUGUCAAGCAGCUAAUAUGCACCCAAGCUUGUGUUUUUGCAGGUUUUGGAUGUUGCACUGAUGGCCUCCUACCUAUUGUUUUAUUUGUAUUUCUGUAGAAUGACCUUUUUCAUGCUUUACAUGGGCAUUUUAAAUUGAAAUCUACUGGCUACAGUGGAGAUAAUUAGGACUCAUAUGGCCUUUUAAAGUCUUAUACCAAUUAAAUGAGCGAAGGCUUCUUUGGGCUAUUGUGGGGAUAAUCAUGUAUAAAACUGAGCACGAGCAAGACUGCACUUUAGCUGUGAUACUGAUGGUAAAUAAUUAAAAAUAAAACAAACAGCAACAAACAAAUGAGUUGCGUGAAGGCAUGUUCCUCUUACAGGUAGCCUGCCCUUCAUUUAAUCAGUGCUGUGGUGUAAUGGUGCAUGAAGGACCUCAUUUACAACCUGAACGGGCAGGUACUGGAAGUGAAGAGGCAGCUCCCAGUCUAUUGCCUGCCCCUAGUCAAGACUGCAGGACCUGGCACUGCAUGCUUCAUUAACGGAGUGUUCAAGCCUGCUUCAUUAACAGUGUUCAAGAUUGCUUUCCCUAGUGGAAUGUACCAUGUAACAUGGUUUCAGCUCAUUCUUGUUUGCUCUUAGUUUUACAAUGGUAACAAUGAGCUGACACGGAACCCCUCUCCCUCCAAAUAUUUUGCUCUGUUCUGGGAUCAGAAUCCCACACGGCUGAGUCGUGUGCUAUGACCAGGCAGCUCACUGCCUCUUCUGCUGCCUCUUGUGCUUUUUUGACUUUCAAAGCUGUUCAUUUGUGUACUGUAUAUUGUGGUAGUGCGGAACACUGUAUUUAUGUCCUUAUUUUAGUUUUUUUGGUAAAAUAUUCUCUCAACUGCAUAUUUUUUAAAGCGUGAUUUCACUGUAGAGGCACAGACCAGUCUCUUAAAAGCUGUAUAUAGUUUGUAGAUGGAUAUUUAUUCAUUUGGUUUUUGUUAUUGAUUCAUGGGGAGUUUAUAUAUAUAUAUAAUGUGUGUGUGUGUUACACUGUAUGACAGGUGUCAGACUCUCUCAUGUUUUUAAAGCCUUAUUUUAAAAACAAUUCUAUGUAUUUUAAUGUCAAAUUGAGAGUAACCGUUAAAGGAAAUUAAACAUGUUGUAGCCA